AUGCCAGUAAAAACAAACAGGCAGAUCUUAAAAGGUGGGAAUGAAGAGAGUCAUGAAGAGGGUAAAGCUGUGAAUGAGGAUGAAGCUAGAAAUGUGGCCAAGGAUAAUGAAAUGGCAGAUGGAGAUGUUAUUGGUGUUGAAGAAGUCCAGAGUUCUCAAGAAAUAGCUGAACAAGGUAUGAUAUAUACAGGCAUGCUUUCACAAGGUGUGUUUAUCCCACACACGCUAACAUAAGUAUCCAUAUUUUUCAUGCUCUUCUCUAUUUCUUUUUUUAUUGUCACAGUGAAAUAAUUAAAGGUUACUUCCUGCCUUCAUGGGUGUCUUGGGAAAAAAUCUGUAUGCGCACUAGUUUCACUAAAAUCCUAACAAACUAUGCAUAAGAAGAAAGCUUAAUAACUGCAGUUUAAGAUAACAAUACAAUUCAAGCAACUUUUUUUUAUGGAAGUGUCAGGAGCUGGUACAUGUAAGGCGUCAAAUGACCAAAGGUUCUUCUAUUGAAUUUAUUGGGUAUCAGAUGCCACAGCACAAGCAGAAUGGCUGCUCAGUCUUAUUCACAAGGCAUCAAUCAACAAAAGCCUGUUAGGCUUUUUCGUUAUUCUGAUUGGUUGUCUAGAUAUCGGCAUCUUAAGUUAGAAUAGCCCAGAAUAUGUGAAGCAUGUUGCGUAAAUGGACGUCACAGAACACAUAUUUCAAAUAUCGAAAUUUCUCGACACUUUUCUUUGUCAUUUUUCUUGGAAUGUUUUGGCGAAAUAUGACAAUAAUGGGUAGAAUCUAUAUACUCUAUAAAUUUGCUCAAAGGGGUUGUAUUCCUCCCAAAAUCAAAUGCAUGAGUUAAGCUCGCAAAGAUUUGUAAACAACUCAUACGAUGCCAGGAGAUUUUCUUGCCUCCAGAAACCACAAACCAAUGGGACAACAGGACUUUCUGACGUCAAUGAUGAUGGAUCAAGAUUUCCCGUAAAAAGUAACCCAUUGCGAACAUAUUUCUUUUUAUCUUGAUCACUGAGUAGAGUGUUGAGGAGUACAACACAAUAGUAAGCAAAGUUGCCAAAGGCAAAGGAAAAACUGGCGGAAAAAGGGGAAAUGCGCUGAGGAGCAAGACAAUGAAUUGACAGACAGCUUUCAAAAUUUACAAUUCAAGGCGAUCAUUAAUGUUUUUAUGUCAACUGAGGCUUACAUUAAGAGAGGGAAACCUUGUUUUUAAUAUUAUGCAUGGCAAAUCUUGGUUUGACGGUGAGUUCUUUGUUCGAAAUCUGGACGCCAGCGUGGAGCUCCACUAGUACCAGUUGCUUUUGCAAGGAAUGUUUUUGUUUCUUGAUAGAAUGGUACUCAUUCUGUCUUAUUUGGGCCUGUUUUGUUUUGUUUUUUUUUCCUCUUUUUUUUUUACUAAGGACUUUCUUCUGCUUUUGGUUUUUCCAAGAGCGUAGAUUUUUCCAUAAGCAAAGAGCUUCCAUGUGUGAGUUUUGUAAAGUGUGCAGUGCAAGAAAAUAUGGAAAUAACAUGAAAAUCUAACCACAGCAUGAAUUUGCCGCAAAAAUUUCCCUUGAGGAUUCACCAAGGUCAGAGAUUAUGACACCUUCCUGAUUAACUUUUAUUUGAAAAUACGUUUUCCAAAAUAACUCAGGUGCCUUUAAAGAUUUUAGAAAUUUUUUUCUAUGGAAAUGUUUGGUUGAAUGUUUGAAUUCAUUUUAGUUAAAUAAAAGAAAAGUUGAUUUUUUUUGGGACUCUGAAGGUUGGAAGUAACCUUAACAAUAAAAUCUUCUUUGGCUAGCAAUCAAUCAAUCAAUCGAUCAAUAAACUUUAUUUACCCUCGAAUUUACAGUGUAGCACUCGGGUGCUAAUAUCUUUGUGCAAACUACAUUAAUAAAUAAUUAUAAUAAAAAGAUUAAUUCUAUAACAAAUAGGAUAACGAACUACCUAGACAACUAACUAACAAAUCAUCUUGAUGUAGAAAGGUUUGCAGUUCCUGCCCUUUUAAGUAAAUUAUUGCACCCAGUAGAUAACAGUCGUCGAAAAGAAGUAAAAUCAGAAAUAGUGCAAUGAUGGUCAGGAAGAGAAUUCCAAGAUAUUGCUGCCAAGUAACUAAAGGAAUUGAUACCAUAAGAAGUGGUCAAUGGUUUAGGCAAACAAAGUAUAUUAUGUCGUCUUAUAAAAUAGGUGUUAGAGGGCAAGUGAAACAUAUCUUUUAAAUAUCUUCGAUAAUCAGAAAAAUGUAGACAUUUAAAAAUAGUAAGAAUCAUGUUUUGUAAAUGCUUGUCCUUAAGGUUUACAGUUCCUGCCCUUUUAAGUAAAUUAGUUAAAAUCAGAGUUAAAAUCCUUGAAAAUAAAUCGAAGAAUACGUUUGUUUAAAAGAUCCAAUUUAUCAGAAUCUUGUUUACUAGAGAAAUGCCACACCAUAGAACAAUAAUAAAAGUGAGUAAGUAUAAAUGCCUUAUAAAGAUGUAGCAUGGUUUCAGUAGACAUCAGUUUGCCGAACCUUGUCAUAACGCUAAACUGAUUGUUUACCUUUUUACACAUAGAGGACACAUGUUGCUUAAACAUAAGAUCUUUGUCAAUUGUAAUGCCAAAAAGUUCCUCUGAGUCAUUUACUGAGAAAUUAAACUGAUGAUCAGUUUUUCCUAGUAUCAUCCCUUGGUGUCUGCUGGGAUUUGCUAUCAUUCCAUUGAUCUCAUACUAGGCAUUUGCUGAGCUUACCUCACAUGAGAUACGCCUUUCAAAGAUACUGGAUCCGUAUCUGCAGUGUAGAAUUGAUCAUCAUCUGCAUACAUAUUUAAUUGUACAGCAAUCAUUUCCUCUAUACUAAUGAUCUUAAUGAAUGAUUCAACAGUAUCAUUGUACAGAGAAAUUAGAUGCUGGUUACUCUUAGGAUUUAUAGGGAUAAGUUGUAUCUUACCAAUUCUUUACCCAUAAGGACUUACUCGGCAAGCAGUGAACUUUAGACUCUCUUACAAUGGUGGUGAGUCUUGUGGUCAGGUGAUAAGUUUUCUUCUAAAUCUCACAACUAGUUAAAAAAUCUUUGAUUUGCUAAAAAAUAUUCCUAUUCUUAUGCUAGAGUCACCUUCCAACACAGCUGGUGGUGUAGACUCACCUCAAGAGGCCAAUGGUGGGUCAAAACGACUUCGCAUGUAUAAGUGUGAACGGUGCAAUUCACAGUACAUGGGUCUGGCCAUGUUACGGCAGCAUUGCCGAGAUGUCCAUGGUGAUCAGAAAUACUACAAGUGUCAUGUUUGUGGUAAGCUGUUUAGCCACCCAAGCAGCCGUAACAUCCAUUUAAGGUUGCACUCUGGAGAGAAGCCUUACAAAUGUAGCACUUGCGGCAAGCAGUUCAGGGUGUCUUCCCAUCUGAAAGACCAUGUUAGGGUGCAUACGGGUAAGUUAAUUGGAUAAAUAGAUGGUUAGUGGGACUUGUGAGUCAAAAUGUUCAGGUUUAAGACAUGACUGGGUCAUUGUGUUGUGAUCUAUAGCAAGAUGAUGGACAAAACACUGACCCCCAGUCCAUGGACUACUCUGAUAGACUACUACUAAUCUUGAAAUGGAUGAACCGUACAAAAUCUUAUUUUGAAUGAGUUCUAUUGAAAGCACAGCUAUGUAUAUACUUACACUGCACAUGCCUUUGUUAUUUGCAUGAAGUACUUUUUAGUCAGAGUCAGAGUGGGCAAUGGAAAUGAAUGAAUCAUAUCAGCAGUCUACUGAGUUUCAUUACCUUAUGUCACGUCUUUAAUGAUGAGCCAUGUUGCUUCUGCUUCAAGCUUCUACUCACACUCGUAAACAUGUUAACUCUUGUUUAGAGCGAUAGCAACUUGUUGGGUUUUACAACAUGCCAUGGUGUUGUGUUUCACUUUCAAUUAUCUUGCUGCUGUAAAUUACAUGAAUCAUUGAAUCUAGAGAUGGUAGAGUGUGAAGAAUGGCUGAUGUGCACGGCAAAUAUCUGCAUUUAGUCUAUAUACUGAAGUACAAGACAGUGAAUAUUAUUAUUGAUUUCUCACCUUACUUCAUGACUUAUACUGCAGGAAGGAACAUGACUUCCAGCUAUUUUAUAUAUAUGUUUUUUAUUUUAUAGGGGAGCGUCCAUAUAUUUGUGAUAUUUGCCACAAGGGGUUCAAGCAGUCAAGUGACUUGAAGAAGCAUCGGCGUACCCAUACCUUGGAUAAACCAUACAAGUGUCCUAUCUGCCCAUCAGCCUUUACCCGUUCACACCACUGUCGAGGCCACAUCAAUUCUGUGCACAAGUUCUUCAAGUGUGUUGUUUGCAGUGCCUUGUUUACCUCUGAGGAAGCAUUUGAACGUCAUAAAGAACUCCAUCCCUCUGUAUUAUUAGACCAAGGAGAGCCAGAGCAAAAAAUUCCAUCUAACAGGGAGGCAAUGAGUCAAGUAGCUGUUAUGUCUGAGAGGUCUGAAUCUGGAGAUAACAUGAACCAACAAGACAGGGAAUCGAUUGAAAAAAACCUUAAAUUGGAUGCAGCCAACCAGUUACUUGAACUGCACAAGACAAUGCAGCUAAGGCCUUUGCCGAGCAGUACCCCAGGUAGUGGAUCAGAGACAAUGUCAGAUUCAGGGGAUGAGGCAAGUCUCAAGCAGUUGUCACCACCAAGCCAAAGCUUACCUGUCGGACCACAACCUCCAGCUGCAGUAAGUCCUAGUUUGAUCCGUCAAGAAGUUGCAAACAUGUCACUGUCAAGCGCAAGUCACAUGGAGCAGGCACAUGUCAUUCCGCCUGAAAUGGCUCGUGAGGGUGCAAAGUUUGAAGUGCCUCCAAGUUUGCACAUGAUGUAUAACCAUAAUGUACAGCCUAAGCUCCAGCAGGAAAAGGAUUAUCUUCGACUGCCUUUUCAAUAUUCCAGUUAUCAAGGGAAUAAAAAUUUAUCUUUAUCUGAUGCAGAAAUGUAUAGACAUGCAGCCAGCUUUUCUUCACUGAAAGUGCAAACAAGCCAUUUGGUCAAUGGCAACCACUUUGUUAAUGACAGUGCUUCCCAGCAUAUUUUGCUUUCCCCUGAAAAGUUUGAUUCACAAAGCCAGAGAAGGGAUCACAGCAAUUUUAGUGAAAACAUCUCAAAGAGAGAGGAACUUCCACAGGAUGACAGUGCAGUGAGAAAGUCUCCAGAGAGAACAAACAAUGUGGCUUGUCAUCGGGUGUCCGUCAUUCAGUAUCACUCUAGUGCACAAACAUCCUCAAAUGAUGGAAGAAAUGAAGAAAAUUUGAUCAAAGAUAAUUCACAAGAGACAUCAAAAGCUUUGAAAAGUAAAAUAAAUGAUCAUCUACAGAGUAAUGAAGAGCAGCAAAGGAACUACAACUUCAUGAACAGUAUGAAAUAUUUUUCCAGGAUUCCGAGGGAAGGAAUUCCAUACAUACCACUUACCACUGAAAGUGCUCUGGCACUACAGAUGUGGAACAAAGAGAUGAAUGGCCAUGCCAUAGAUUACUCUUGGGCUUUGAAGGAAGCCACAAGGUUGAAAAUGCAUAGAGAACAAAGUGGGCAGUUACCCCCUCCAAAGCAUAUGCCAGAAAAUGGCCAACAUAAUUUCUUCUCCCACAAAGAUGUGCAGCCAUCAGCAGAUAUGUACAAUUCUACUUCACCAGCAGUGCAAGAGAGAUCAGUUGAGAGGUUGAAGUACUUAGCAAGAGAACAUAUCAAGGUGAAAGACAUGGAAGGAGACACAAGAAGGGAGACAAAAUCACCUGUUGGUGGAAAUGAUUCUGAGACAUCUGAUAUGUCAGACUCUGGCGAUGUUCUUCAACCUGGGAAAGUGUUGGCAAAUUCUGAACAACAGUCUUUAUCUUCUGAGCCCUUAGGUGAGCAGAGUUUUGUGUAAUUUUUUACCAGAAUUAGCCACUUGUGAGAGUUACUGACCCGACAGAGUGUAUUUCACAUGUAUUUAAUUUUAAUUUAAGCUUUAGGUCCAGGUUUGCAUGUUUGGGAUCAAAUCUGGGGUGAUUGUGGUUAUUUUUUUGUAAGGCAAGACACUGUACCCUUAGGAUUUGGUCUCAAGUUAGGGAUGUCCAGCUUUUUAAGGUUUCAAGAAAUGCAACUUUUUAAGUCACUGCUAACAAAGUUAGUUGUGUUAGGCAUUCAGGCUCUUUUGGAGCAAACUUUCUUAUAUCUUUCUUCUUUUUUGGUCUUCACAGACCAGAGAUCCUCUCCAGAGAGUGCUAUUCACCACUGUCAAGUCUGCAAGAAGACAUUCUCCCGCUCUAGCCUACUUAAGCAGCAUUCGGUCAUCCACAUGGGAAACAAGCGCUUUAAAUUCCGCUGUGAAGUUUGUGGCAAGAUGUUUCGGACACGCAGUCAUUUGCGGGAUCAUACUAGAAUACACACAGGUUUGUCUGUCAUCUUUUGUAGUUGUAAAAUACUUUUCACUAAUUACAAACUUCAGUGUGUUCACUUAAUCACCAGUUGCCAAAUAAAAUCAUGCCCUUCUUCAGCAAAGCCUAGAACGUUCUAAAAAAUAUAUGCUGUUAUUUUAUUAAAGGUGAGAGACCUUUCAAGUGUCACAUUUGUGAAAAAGCCUUCAAACAGUCCAGUGACUUAAAGAAACACAUCAACCUUCACACAGGAGCAAAUCAGUUUAAGUGUGAAGAGUGCAACAUGGAGUUCCGUAGAGCUGAUGCACUUCGCAAACAUAAGCUGGGACACAAAGUGGGGAACAUGCCUUGUGGACAUUGUGGGAAAAACUUCUUGCACAUUAAUGCCUUAAGAGCACACAGAGCCAUGCAUAAUGGUAAGUUUUCAUUUUACUUCUAACCAUAUGCUGCUGACUUAGUGCAGUUUGAACUUUGUUGGUGGCUUUUAACCCUUUGACUCUUAAGAGUGAACAGCAUCUAAUUUCUCUUAAUAAGGUCAGGAGAAUAAAGGAAAUGAUCACAACUAAAGAAGCUCUCGAUUGGUAAUUAAAUUCUUUUUGUUAGCACCUUAGGAAAUGUGUAGAGAACAGUAUGGAGAAUAUGCAUACUGAUGUUAAUGCAUAAAGAGUUAAGUGUUGCUCAGGCUUUUGAUCACUCCAAAGUUUGUUUUACUGACAAGAACAUUCUUUUCUUUAUAUGAACAGUGCAACCUGUAAAAGCAAGCAGAUCCUUUCACCGAUGUAACUACUGCUUUAAAACAUUUACGAAAGCAGAAAGCUACAAGAUACACAUUGAAGCACACUCUCGUGAGCAGAAUGGAACAGUGGUGCCUUUUGAUUGCAAGAUCUGUUCCACGAAGUUCCUCUCAGAAGCAGCAUUCCAAGAUCACAUGAACAUUCACAAUGGAAAGCGGCCUUACAAGUGUUUUGUUUGUGAUAAGGAAUUUUGCAUUGCUGAGCAUCUGCAAGAUCAUGUCCGCCUGCACUCUGAUGUGUCAUCACGUCAUAGGUGUGAGGACGAUGGUAAUAAAUUUAAAAGACCAGAUGACCUUUUAAGGCAUUCAGCAAUUCAUGCUUAAUGGCAAAGGGGUUGAAAAGUCAGCCAUAGAAAGAAAAAUAUAUUUAAAAAAAUAUUGACUAAAAAAGUUUCUCAGACUAAUUACUCCAUACAUGUGAUAUCAGUUAUCUGAGUACUGAUAUUUGACCUUUCUGUACAAAACUUUAAAGUUUGGGAGUACGACAAUUCUGCUAUCUGGAUGUUGGAGGCAGUGUAGUAUUAUGAAGGUUUCAUAAGAGCAAAGGACAAAAUGAGUUACAUCCAAGGAUAGCAGUGCGAAAAAGUUAUGGUAUGAAAUAUUAGCUAUAACAAAUAAUUAUUAAUAAUAAUUAUUAAUAUAUUUUGAACUUAAGAUUAUCAUAAUUAUUAUUAUUGGCUGGCUCACUGUCAAUGAUAUUUUAGGAAAAAGUUAUUGAUGCUGAUUAAAGGCAAGACUUCAUUUACUUUUUAAACUAAGUUCAUCAUUUGUACAGUGUAAAUAUCAGGAGAGCACUUUGACAUCAAGGAGUGCUGGUAUAGAAUCUAGGCCCCUUUUGGCAUCCCAUUUCUGGACACCUUUUUUAAGGGUCCAGAACUAAAAAUUGGACACCUGAAAGGAGGGAAUUUUGCCCACCUCCAGAAAAAGGACUGUUGUCAAGAUGACUCUUGGUGAAAAGAGCAAGGGUGUGCCUUGUGAUGAAUUACCAAUACUUUGAUCACAAAUUUUAUCAAUCACUGUUUAUUUAUAAAGUUAUUACACUGAAGGAAGAUUAUUUAGUCUAGUUUCUUUGACCAAAAACCUGCACAUGCCACAAAAUUUGGUUGGUUGGGUUUAGUUAUUGCCAUGUGUCACAAAUCAGACAUACUCAAUCAAACAUGCACCUUUGUAAUUAAGCUACUGAUAAGUAAAACUAAAGUUUUCAUGCUUCAAUUUUCUUUAUGUGGUUGGCACAAAAUUACAGGUGACUUGGUUGUUUCUAAAUAACAUUGAUUGAUCAACCAGGAACUUGGAGCCAAGCUCAGAGAUUUUCACUUCUUUGAAAUGAUCAUUACUAACAACUCUUCAGCAAAAGAUAGAUGAAAAAUGCAUACUAUUAUCUGCCACAGUUUUCUUUAAUUGUGUGCUUAACUAUAUAUUACAUUUUCCAGGAAAUAUGUAGUCUUUUAAAACUUAAUAGCUUUAUGAGAUGUUCUAUUCCUGUCUGCAAAAUAAUAUUUUCUCAGUUUGGUCAAUUAAUUUUCCAACUGAACAGUUCACAUUAUUGAAAGUUUAUUGUCAACCACAUAGAUUGUGGUCACAGUUUGCAUUAAUUUAUUGAGUUAAAUAGUGUUAUUUAGUCGGCAGGCCGACUUUUAGUAUUAUUAAUUGUAACUUCUUACAGUAAUUUUAAUUUAUAAUCGUGUCCAGUCAUGUGAUGCUCAAUUUGAAAAUGGAUAAAACUGUGGAACAGAGAUCUGAUUGUGCAUUCUCCCCUCUAGCUGCUUCACAUUUCUUUGUAAAUUAUUUACGAGAAUUUGGUGUUAAAUCAAGUUAAAAACUUGAAUCAGAUAAAUUUGUGUAUUCUUGAUACUGGUUCACUGGAUAAUGUAUUGAUAUUGCAGGAAGAGGUUACAUGUAAAACAGUUAUGGAAGUUAAAGGGUUAAAUGCAAGUAUUGAAAGUAAUUUUUUUAAAUCAGGUCUAAAUUCUUUAACAGAUUUCUUUAGUCUUUCCAAUCUGUGUUCUGUUUCACAGCUCAGAAAACCAUGAUCACCUGAUAAAUUUGUGAAAUGUUUUUUUUAGUUUCAAGAUAAAGCAAAUCAGACAACAAAAACCCGAAUGACAAACUGCAAGUGUAUUUAGGAAAAGUUUUGAGGUCUGCUUGUGUGUCCUGAACUUUAUGGUCAUGUGAUUGUUCAGGAUACAAUUGACUUAUUCAAGUCAAAUAAAAGUGUUUGUGGUUUACUUAGUAUCACUGUAACUGUGAUUAUGAUACAUGAUGUUUGGUGUUUAUCAAGCUUCCCUGCUGGUGAAAUUUCAUCUCUCUUUGAGCAGGUAAACCUCACAGUCUAAAUUUUUAACCAAAAACACCUUGUCUGGUCUUGAAACACUUUAAGGCAUUAAUUAGAAAUGAUUAAUGAUCUGGUAAAUAUAUGCAAGACUCUAAUUUGUUUCUCCUAGCUGGCCGAAACUGGCCGUAAUGGAAAUUAUCUUGGAUUAGUUCACACUAAGAGGUUUUAAAUAUACUGUAAGACUCUCUAAUUGUACUAACUUUGGAUGGUAGACUUUGUUGUCUGCAUGUUGAGAAUGAGUGCAAUAAAUCAGUGAC